AUGUCUCUCAUACAUCCCAAGACUAACACAUAUACAUUUAAAUUUGAACCCUUUUUAAAACAGGAAUAUCAAUUAACUAGAGAUCCAGACAGACCAAUAUGUCCCGAUUAUGAUCCCAAAAUGGGGAUACAAACAUGUCCUAGAGGACAAUCAUGCCCUUAUAAACAUAUUUUACAAAAUUUUAGAAAUAAGAUUGUAUGUAAACAUUGGUUACGUGGUCUUUGUAAGAAAAAUGAUCAAUGUGAAUAUUUACAUGAAUAUAAUUUAAGAAAGAUGCCAGAAUGUGUAUUUUAUAGUAAAAAUGGUUUCUGUACACAGACACCUGAAUGUCAAUAUUUACACAUUGAUCCACAGGCUAAGAUUCCAAGAUGUACUGAUUACGAUAGAGGAUUUUGUGUUGAUGGUCCUGAUUGUAAAAAAAGACAUAUUAAAAAAUCCAUUUGUCAAAGAUAUAUUACUGGGUUUUGUCCUCUUGGAUUAAGUUGUGAUUUAGAACAUCCUAAAUUUGGACCUGAAGUCUUCUUACAAGAUUCUUUAAUGCAAAGGUAUAAGAUUAGGAAAGAUCAUGAAAUUAAUACAAGAAAAUUAGAUGAAGAAAAAGAAAGAAGAUUAAAUGCAAUUAUUAAUGGUGAAAUAGAGACGUAA